UUCCUGAGCUGCAGUCCCAGGAUCAGAGCCGGUCUGAGGAACCCUCACAACUUUAACACUCAACUUUAUUUCUUAUCGCUUCCUCAUGGAGGCCCAGCGGUAUCCCAUCAGCGUGCGUUUAAUUGGAGUCAUGCACAAGGAGAAGAGCAAAAUGUACAUGACCUCCGUGCUUUGGUCAGACCAGAGUGAUAUUGUAGUUUACAGGACUAAUCCGGAAUUUAAGAAAAUGCAUAAACUAAUGAAGAAAGCUUUCCCACCUGCAAGUAAAAUGAAACAAUCCGACAGAAUCAUCCCCAGAUAUCGAGACAGAAGGCUGAGAAGCGGCGGCCGGGAGAAAGGUCCCACCAGGUCUCUGCUGCGACUCAAGUUUCUGCAGAAAUAUUGUAAUGCACUUCUGAGCUGCGACCCGAGGGUCUGCCAGUCGGCAGACCUGAUCCAGUUCUUCCACCCCAAAGACCAGGACCUGCAGCCGGAGUUUGCCCAGAACAGCAUCAUGAUCAUGCCAGCAGAGGAUGAAAUGAUCAGAGAUGCAGGACAGGGUCAGGGCGUGGGGAACGUGACCCAGCCGUUUGUCACCGAGACGUACAGGUGUGUGGCUCCUUACGAGACCAAAGACACCAAGAACAAGCCUUUCAAAGUGGCGCUGGACGAAAAAGUCGAUGUUCUCAUCAAAGACAAAGCAGGGUGGUGGCUUGUGGAGAAUGAAAGCAAGAAGAUGGCCUGGUUCCCUGCCCCCUACCUGGAUAAACUGGAGGAUGACGAUGAGGCUGAGGAUGAAGAUGAAAUAGAUGGGAAUUCUGAAAGAGGAAUGCUAUACAAUGCAGUCAAGAACUACAAGGCCACCAAGGAUGACGAGAUAACCGUGGCCAUCGGUGCUGUGGUGGAAGUCCUGCAGAAGUCUGACAACGGCUGGUGGCUCGUCAGAUAUAAUGGUAAAGCAGGCUACAUCCCCAUCAUGUACUUGAAGCCCUACAAACGCCCUCAUAUCCGCAUGAUAGCCACCAAUCAAGAUCGCGGCAACUCUUCCCCGAACCAACUAAUGCCGCCCCUGGAUCAGCAGUCCAAAGGUCUCAGCCUCUCUCAAGGCAACCUGCUGCAACUUCCUGCCAGAUCUUCCACACCCAAGCUGCAACCACCACUCCUACAGCAGAGGUCAAAAUCUGUUGAUAUCCACCCUUAUCAUCCUCCUGCUCCGUCUGCAGCAAGCAUUACUUCUUCCACCGACGUUGACACCUCCCCCACGACCCCAAAGCCUUUCCCUUUGCCCAAAAUCAAGGUGGAGAUGGACGGAGUCUCGCCUCGUCCCCUGAGCCUGCAGGCCGACAGCGAGGGGAGUCUGAGCGACAGCAGCAGCUUCAGCGAUGACCUCGACAGUUCCUGGGCGAGCUCCUCGUCCUUCAACCUGAGCCAAAGCUACAACGAACAGGAGCUGCGUCUCAGCCGUACGCCUCCCCCCGUGUUGAGCAACCGCCUCAGCCCGACAAGUGGCCUAGAGGGGAAAAUGCCCCCCAGUGUCUCUGAUCCCAACCUCUACAAGGGUCCGACAACACCUAAAGUGCCCCCCAGACCGCGGGCCCAGGAGAUCCUCACCCGCUGUACCACUGUCACCCGCAAGAACGCAGCCAGGGGCGGCCUGUCGCUCACACAGACUGAGAUAUUAAGUCGAUGAAUGCAUGUGUUCAGAAUGUAAUGACUACGAGGCAAAGUAUCAGUUGUAUUGAGGUGACUGUGGGAACAUUUAGUACCUGUGAAGCUCUGCCAGCACAUUUGGUUCCUGCUGAGUUUGUUUUCAUAGGAAUAUUAGUUGUCAAACAGUCUUGUUGUGGUUGGCAUGAUCUUUGAAGAUUGAUUGUGUACAUGUACACACAUAGACAAAGGCAUUCAGCAUAAGCAGAAAAUAUAUUAACAAAAUGAUGAAUCUGUAAACACUUAACAUUCAUAACGCCCUAAUUAACUCUGUUUUGAAUGAUUUAUUUUCCAUACUGGAAACCUUGUAUGUGCCGAGUGCACAGAGAGAAAGGGAAAGAGAUGUGUUCUUGUGUCUGCAGCAAAAAUAAAUAUGUAUCUGAAUUAUGAACAGUAUGUGCGCAUUUUCCUGGUCAAGCCUGUUCACAGCUAAAUGAACUUGUAUAUAGUAAUAGGUUGUGUCAAUAACACAGAAUAUACUGACCAUGUAAAUCUUGAGUGUAUUUUCUUGUUACAAAAAAGCUUGGAAAAAAUAAAAAUAUUUUGGGUUAA